AUGUCCCUCAGCCCCCCUGUCCAUAAUUUCCCACGUUCCUUUGAUGAGGCAGAUGACACCUCGGCCAGCGGAACAAGUCCAGCUCAGCUAAAUCUUCAACGUCUUUUUGAACAGUCACUCAGCGGAGCUUCAGUGUCCAAGACAGAUGCGCAAAAACCAACCACACCCGGCCCCAAUUCUAUUGGCGUGCCCCCCAAAGGGAAGCCACGUCUAUUACUGAUGGGCCAACGAAGGAGUGGUAAAUCGUCCAUCUCGAGUGUGGUCUUCCAUAAGCUGCCUCCGAAUGAAACCUUGUUCCUCGAAUCCACUGCUCGUAUCCAAAAGGACUCCAUGGCGUCAUUCAUGGACUUCCAAGUCUGGGAUUUCCCUGGCCAAAUCGACGUAUUCGAAAACCCUGGCUUUGAUAUCGAAGCCAUCUUUAGCGAGAUCGGUGCCCUCAUUUGGGUCAUUGACGCUCAGGAUGACUAUCUCGAGGCAGUCAUGCGCCUAAAUACCACAAUUCUCUUCCUCCAGCGAACCUAUCCCAACAUCAAUAUCGAGGUCUUUAUUCACAAAGUUGACGGCCUGUCAGACGACUACAAACUCGACAUCCAGCGUGACAUCACUAUUCGUAUCCAGGAUGAGCUGUCAGAUCACGGAUUUGAGAAUGCACCUGUCACCUUUCAUCUCACCUCCAUCUACAACCACUCCAUCUUUGAGGCCUUCAGUAAGGUAAUUCAGAAGCUCAUCCCUCGCCUGGGAACGCUUGAGUCAAUGCUCACCAACCUAUGCCGUACAUGUCGGUUUGAAAAAGCAUACCUCUUCGAUGUCCUUACCAAGAUUUACAUCGCAACCGACAGUGCUACCGCCGACAUGGCCAGCUAUGAGAUUUGUAGUGACUAUAUCGAUGUUAUCAUCGACAUCACCGAGGUCUAUGGGACGUGGCAGCGUAGCGAUGAGGGACGCCGCCGUCUUGAAGGAGAGCCGUGGAGCACGCCCAUAGACAAACAGAUUGGAUGCAACACCGCAGAGAGCUGUCUUGUCCUCCACGAUGGCAACAAGCCCAUCAUGCUGCGUGAGGUAGAUCGAUAUUUGGCGCUCGUCGCCAUCAUGAAGGAAGACUCGUACGAUAGCAUGCCUCUGGUCAAUAUGAACGUCGAGGCUGUCGUUGAGGGAUUGACCGAGUUCUUCAAUAUCACAAAACCUCGGCAGUAG